CGCUUUCGUUCGUGCACGAGCCCAACAUGGGGGGCCUUGCCAUUCAAGUGCGGCCGGCGGAAGCUGCCAAGGCUUCAACCGAGGUGCCCAAGCCCAUUCGACUCGCAACGCGCGUCGAUGACGUGGCCGCGGCGACCGUCGCCCCGCGCGACCGCGCCAACACACUCCACGUCUGCUGCCUCGGGCUCCUCACGGUCCUCAGCGGGCAGUACUAUGGCUGGAACGUCGCCUUCACGACGGGCUUUGCACCAUUUGCAGUCUCGCAGCUCGUCAUGGCGCUCACGUACGUCGUCUACGUCUCGUGCGCAGCCGAGGUGUGUGGCAAAAUCGCCUUCUCGGGUGGCGUCUACGGCUUGUCGCGGGUCACCUUGGGGUACUAUGUGGGGUAUAUGGUCGGCUGCCUCGAGCUCCUCGAGUACAUUGCGGCAUCGAGCGUCUCGAUCGUGUACCUAGGACGCUUUCUGACGUUUACGCUUGAUUUGAGCGCCGAGUGGGCGCUGUUGGCAUGGCUGUUUGUGUACUCUGUCUGCAUUGGCUGCGUGGCGCUGCCCGGUCGCUUCUUGUGGCCCUUGGUCGUCGUCUUGGCGGUACUGAGUCUGCUGCCCUCGGUCCUCUUCAUUGGCGGUACGAUCCAACUUGCAAAUCUCGAAAAAUUUGGGGCUUACGCGGACGCGCAAGACCGGAUGCAGCGCGUCUGGGCAUCGGGUACGAUCGUGAGUGCGUACCUCGCGUGGCUACCGUACACGACGUGGGCAUAUGCCGGCGUCGAGUGUCUCUCGCUCGUGACCGAUAUGACCAAUUCACCCAAGGUGACAGUGCCCCGGGGUAUGCUCUACUGCAUCGGCGUCCUCUUUGUAUCAAAUUUUGCGAUCGUCUGCCUCGUGCCGUCGCUGCCGCCUGGUAUUGCCAGCGCUGCGACGGCCGCGUAUCCGCUCACUAAUGGUUUCCGGUUGGCGUACGACCUCUCGGCGUCGUCGAGUGCGUGGCUCGUCUUUCCCGCGCAUGUGGGUGCUGCGCUGGGGUUUCUUCGUCCGAGCGGCCGGCUCGUGCAAGCGCUCGCUGACUCGUCGCUGUUGCCGCCAUGGCUCGGUCUCAAGAGCGCAGCGUACACAGGGCGGUGGAAGGCGGUGACGAUCGCCUCUAUGUUUGGCUACGUCCUCUGCGUCUUGAGCUAUUUUUUUCAAGUCUUCGCCAAAGCCUUGCCCCACCUCGCGAUGCUCGCAGCGUGCGGCUGUUAUGCAGCGCAGCUCGUUGGCUUUAUCCUGCUGCGGACGUCGUACAAGGCCGAGUGCCACGGGUAUCGAUCGCCCUUUGGCAUAGGCAGCGCCGUGCUCGCGAUCGGGAGCUUUGGGAUCCUGGCGAUUUCGAUUCUCGGGGCAUUUCAAGACGACGACGGUGUUGCGGCGCUUACGUACCUGGCCUAUGUUGUCGUCAUAUCGCUUUACUAUUACGUGGCGUGCAAGGACCGGCAGACAGUCUCGAAGGACGAGUACGCGUCGAUUUUUCGGUUUACCAUCAUCAAGUUCAACAACAUGAAGCGACGCAUGACGCGCCAGAAUCAGCGCAAGUCGUCACAGUGGACAAAAGUCAUUUCACUACUGCAGUCGAAUUCGACGCUCAGCUCGAGCAACCGCGUGAGCUACGUCGACGUCGGCGUCAACCGCGGCUCGCGGUUGAGCCAACCCCGUCGGAUGUCGAUCGCACCGAAAUGACAACGUCUCUCUUGCAUGCGUUUACCAAUCACAAGCGACCGAUUCGCGAUAAACAAUAUCAUUUUUGCA